GAUGCGUCGUGUUUCCGCACGGCUAAAUAUAUUAGAGUCACGAGACGAAGCAUCCGGAAAUGUUUUAAUAUUAUUUUCAGUAACUAAAACACAGUCAUUUCUCUGUAAUUUUAAGACGUCCUGUUUGGAUAAUAGCUAGUAAAUUGUAAAUAGACUCGAAAGACAUGUCUAAAGCUGCUGUUCCUCUCAGAAUUAUCUGUAUUCAUGGGUAUCGACAAAAUAGCAACUCUUUUAGAGAGAAGACAGGUGCUUUACGCAAACUGUUAAAGAAACAAGUGGAGCUGGUGUAUAUUAGUGCACCACACCAAGUGCCUGCCAUUAAAAACGAAACCAAUCAGGAGCUAGAAAAGGCAGCCGGUGGCGGUGAUGAUGACCAGAGGGGCUGGUGGUUCUCUGAUGUCAAGGCUCGAAGUUUCAAUGCUAAUCAGGAGUGUGAGAGCAGCCUGGGUCUGGAAGACAGUGUGGAGGCAGUAAAGAUUGCAGUGAAGGAGCUUGGCCCCUUUGAUGGCAUCUUGGGCUUUAGUCAGGGCGCCGCCCUGGUGGCUAUGCUGUGUGCCCUACAGGAGCACAAAUUAGAGCCUGAUUUUAAUUUCCACUUUGCCAUACUGGUCGCUGGAUUCCGUAGUGCCUGUUCCCAGCAUCAGCGGUUCUACGAGGGGCCGGCGAUUUCUAUUCCCUCUCUGCAUGUGUUUGGACAGGACGAUCGUGUGAUUCCAGAGCAAAUGAGUCGAGAUUUGCUGCCCACAUUUGAUGGAGCUCAAAUCCUCUUUCACCCUGGUGGACACUUUGUUCCUGCAGCAUCCGCACACAGACAGACCUACCAAGACUUUCUUAAAAAGUUUCAGUGAUGGGAUCAAAGAAUAUGUGAGUUUAUGGAAGUAAUCAUGGAAAAUGUAUAAAAUGUGCUAAGUGAUUUAAACAUAAUUACAGCCUUAAAAAAAAAACAACAAAAAAAAAACUUAAGGGAUGUUUUAUAGUAAUGUGUUCUCAGGGAAAAAGCUACAGUACUUCAAUAAAGACUUUCACAAGUUUUCAGUCUGUUUUAUUUGUGUUCCAGCUCAUUUGAUUGACAGUAUCGAUAUAUAAAGGAUUAUUCUGGGUUCAAUACAAGUUAAAGGAAUAGUUCACCCAAAAAUUAAAAUUCUCUUAUUAUUCACAUACCCUGAUGCCAUCCCAGAUGUGUAUGACUGUCUUUCAUCAGCAGAACACAAAUAAAGAUUUUUAGAAGAAGAUAAAGCUCUGUCAGGUCCUUAUAAUGCAAGUGCAUGGGUGCCUGCUCUUUGA